AUGUCGUCCACCAGCAACGCCUCCAUUGACAAGUUCAACGGAGACAAUUACGCAACGUGGAGCCGGUACAUGCGCGGUGUGUUUUUGACGAAGUCCGUCUGGCACGUUGUCAACCGUGAAGUGACUCCGACUUUCACCGACCCGCGAGCGUCCGAUGACUACCUCAAGGCAAGCAACGUCGCGUUUGGUAUGAUGCUGCUGCACAUGAACGCGGACUACCAUCAUGUGCUGGACAACUGCGAGGAAGCCUGGGUUGCGUGGACAAGUCUGAAGACGCUGUACGGUGGGUCGCAGAAGGCAGGACGCAUCUACCUCAAGCGACAACUUUUCAGUAUCAAGAUGGCUGAAGGCGCGAACGUCAUGCAUCACUGCAACGAGGUCCUCAACAUCUCCGCCAAGCUUAGCGGCAUCGGUGCGAAGAUGGAAGACGAAGACGUUGCAAUUUGUCUGCUACUCAGUCUUCCGAAGAGCUACGAAAAUGUGGUGCUCAACAUGGAAAUGAGCAGCACCGAGCUUCGCACUCAAGAUGUGGUGAGAGUCCUGACGAAUGAGCAUGCCAAGCGUCAAGUAGAAAAAGGGACAACGACAGCGACUACGGUGAAGGCUGAAGAUGCAAGCAAGGCAUUCAGCGCCGAGCGUGAGCCCUACCAAUGCACGUAUUGUGGCAAGGUGGGACACACGGUGGAUCGUUGCUGGACAAAGCAGAAGAACGAAGGUCGGGGAGCCCGACGCGGCGGCAAUGGUCGUGGACGCGGGGCUAACAAUGUCCAGUGGGGACAUCAUGAUGAAGGCAAUGGCUACGAUCGAGUGGCGUUUGCAGUCUCGUUCGAAUGUGGAGUUUCGACGAGCAAGGACGUGUCUGGAAUGUGGGCCGUCGACAGUGGUGCAACGCACCACAUUUGCCACGACAAGACCAAGUUCGCAAGUUUGGCAGAGCGCAAUGAGGGCGAACUCUUGGUGGCUGAUGGCAACAAGGUGGCCAUCAAGGGUGUGGGAACCAUCAUGGAAAAGGUGGUUCUGCCCAACGGUGAAGAGCGUGAGAUCGAAAUCAAGAACGCGCUAUAUGUUCCAAGUAUGAGCAAGAACCUGCUCUCGGUGCCACAGAUUAACAGCCAUGGCAAGUUUCAAGUCGUGUUUGACGGGUCCAAGAUGUAUGUGACUCUCAAAAACCCACAGCAAAGUGGUGGCGACAGCGGAUCUCGUGGAUGGACUCUACUGGCUUCGGGCGACUCAACGAUCAGCGAAUUCGAUGUACUUCGCAAGAUGAUCGCGACCAACAUGAUCAAGGAUGUGCGAGUCCCUCUCAAGUCGGGUGGAGCAACUACAUGUCGAGGAUGUCAACAAGGGAAAAUGGUCCAAAAACCAUUUCCAAGCAACCGAGACAAGCGCAGCUACGAUACGUUUGAGCUACUUCAUCUGGACAUCUGCGGGCCCAUGGAAAAGGAUUCGCUCGGUGGCAGCAAAUAUUUGUUGCUGAUCAUCGACGAAGCCAGUGGAUGCAUGAAGGGCUUUUGUCUACGAGUGAAGUCCGAGAGUGAAGACUACAUCCGGAAAUAUAUCACCAUGGUACAGACGCAAUUCUGUAAGAAGGUCAAGUUCGUGGUUAUCAGCCGCGAUGUCAACUUCGACGAGUCCACCUUUGGACUUCAACUGCCGAUCACUGAUGAAGAUGUCGAUGACCUGGACUUCGAAUUGCUGGAUCUUGAUGACGAAGAGCUGCGUCAAAUGGAGUACAAGCAAACAGGCAAGCGCAAGAACCGACUCAAUGAUGAAGAUACAGCAGCUCCACGACCGCGUGCAGUGCGUCAACGACCAGGACUAGAAGAGUCAAGCGCGCCGGAAAACAACUCGUCACGACAAGAAGAAGACGAAGAAACGAAGGAUUCUGGUGAUUCAACACCGCCUGUGUUUUGGCGUGCGAGUGCAAAUGCCGUUGAAGCAGCAGUGGACUUAUCAGAACCCUCAACAUUUGAAGCAGCAGUAAGCGGCCCUGACCAAGUGCACUGGAGAAAAGCAAUUCAUGCAGAGCUCGAGUCAAUGCGACUUCGCGGUGUGUUUCGUGCAGCCAAGCUGCCCAACGGACAACGCGCCAUUGGCACAAAAUGGGUGUUCAAGAUCAAGCGCAAGGCGGAUGGGUCAAUCGAGAAGUACAAGGCACGACUUGUGGCCAAGGGUUUCCGCCAAAAGUAUGGCAUCGACUACACGGAGACGUUUUCGCCUGUGGUCAAGUAUGUGACGCUGCGAAUGGUGAUCGCAAUUUCCAAGCAUUUUGGAUGGCCCAUCGACCAGCUUGAUGUGGUGACAGCUUUCCUGUAUGGCGUCAUGAAGGAACAAGUGUUCUGCGUGAUUCCUGAAGGCGUCGAACUUGACAGUACGUUCGACUGCCUGGAAUUGGUGAAGUCAAUUUACGGCCUCAAGCAAGCGUCGCGAGUGUGGAACAAGACGUUCGACGUGAUGAACUUUAGACUUGUUGGUCCGAGUGCAAAACGCAAAGUGAAUAUAUAUUUAUAA